CCUUUCGGUGCGGAAGUGUUGUCCUCCACAGCCGAGCAGCAGCAGCAGCAGCACCCGAGCAAGAGCUGCCUCUGUUUGGGCGAACACGUCGCUAGUUCAGCCGCGGCUCGUUCCCGCCCGAACGUCUCUCCUGCCGGGACUUGUCCGCACUCGCCGUGGCCGUGCGGCGUGGAUGUAUAAUGCGAGCAGCGUACGGCGCGACGGGGCACCGUGUGAAGUGAGUCUCCUUGAAUCAUCUAUAUGGGCCAUCUUCUCUCGAAAAAUGGUUACCGCCUGAAGAAAAGGACCUGCAAGUUGCACCACAGGAAGAAGAAGAAGAGGAACUGCUUCCUGCAGCUGCCCUGCAUGCUCUGCUUCAUUGUCCACAGCAGCGGCAGCGCCCUCGACGACAACAGCGACCACUUGGAGGCCGGCGCCAACGGGAGCACGUGCAGCCGCAACAGCGUCACAGGAAUCAGCGUCCCCGGCGUGGGUGGCGUCGGCAUUGGAGCGGCGGCUGCCUCGAAGCUCGCCGAGCACUACGCAACGCUCGCGUCUCCCGAGGACUGCUCCAAGUUCCUGCUGUCACCGCGGGAGCUCGCCGUCUGGGAGGGCCAAGGGAGGAGCCUUCUGUCAGCGGUCCCUGCCAAGCUGCUUCCACCGCCGGCGCUGUUCCGCACUGCUGGGGUGUCCGUGACCAUACCCGUACCCGUACCCGCACCCGUGCCUGGCUGCCCCAGUGACUACACUGAGAUGGUGUGUAAGAGGAAGUGCUCAGAGGUGCAGAGGUGCUCACCCUGUAAGCAGCCGCGCUGCGCCUUUGCCGCCCCUGAGGGAGGGCUGGAGAACGGGGGAGUUGAAGCAGGUGGGGGGGAGGCCGCCUCAAACUCUGAAACCGGCCACUGCCACCUUACCCGCUGUCCACUUCCCUCCUCCUCCUCUGCGUCCUCCUCCUCCUCCUCCUCCUCCUCCUCACCCGCCGACGGCUGCUGCAGGCCGGGCCUUCACGCCGACUCGCCCCACAGUUCCGACUCGUCCCCCUGCUGCCGGCAUCAUUACGACGACUGCCAGGGGAGAAGUUCUGACGGCAGUGAUCACUUGAGUAUCAACCACCUGCCUUCCUCCAUCCUUCUCAAGGUGCUAUCCCACCUGACAGUGAAGGAGCGCUGUCUGUGUGCUUCUCUAGUUUGUAAGUACUGGAGGGACCUCUGCUUGGACUUCCAGUUCUGGAAGCAGAUCGACCUCAGUGGCUUACAACAAGUAAACGACGAUCUCCUGGUGAAAAUAGCCUCUCGGCGGCAGAACGUGACGGAGAUUAACAUCUCGGAUUGCAGAGGCGUCCAUGACCACGGCGUGUCCUCCCUGGCCGCGCACUGCCCAGGCCUGCAGAAGUAUACAGCGUACCGCUGCAAGCAGCUCGGGGACACGUCCCUGUCGGCCUUGGCUACACACUGCCAUCUACUGGUGAAGGUGCACGUUGGCAACCAAGACCAGCUGACGGAUGAAGCACUCAGAAAGCUGGGAGAGUACUGCAGCGAGCUGAAGGACAUCCACCUGGGACAGUGCUAUAGUAUCACGGAUGAAGGAAUGGUGGCUUUGGCUGGAGGAUGCCCUAAGCUGCAGAGACUCUACUUGCAAGAGAACAAGCUGGUCACCGAUCGCUCCGUGCGGGCCGUGGCGGAGCGCUGCCCCGAGCUGCAGUUCGUCGGCUUCAUGGGGUGCCCCGUGACCUCCCAGGGCGUCAUCCACCUGACCGCGCUGCGGAACCUGAGUGUGCUGGACCUGCGGCACAUCUCGGAGCUCAACAACGAGACGGUGAUGGAGGUGGUGAGGAAGUGUCGCAACCUCAGCUCCCUCAACCUCUGCCUCAACUGGAGCAUCAACGACAGGUACGACGCGGCGUGUUUGCGUAGGACCGGCGUCUCCGCGGCGCAUCCGGUAGCAGCCGCCUUUUAGCUGGGAAAAAACCGCAGCACUCACUUUAAGUUCCAGUUUGUAUAAUCCAACCCGAGGUGUUAGGGUGAAUCCGGACACUAAUGUGUUUGCCGAUACUUCAAGUAAAUCAACCCGAAAGAAGGUGAGUGGGUGGUAGGGCCCUAAUGGCUCUUUUUUUGGGGGGAGCAUGGGAGUCUUUCAUUGAUUAGUCAUGUUUUUUAGUAUCUCUUCAUGGAGAGCUGGUAUUGAUUAUGAGCAGUAACAGUUGCCUCUCUGGCAUCCCAGUAACGUUCACAAAUGGCCCCCGUAAAGUAUGAGAUUUUGAGAUCCUUCCGGAGCAGCGCCACGGAGGAACGCUUAAUCCAGCCCUCUGUGCACAUGAAACACUUUCCUACGUUCGACUGGUGGUAACGUAGAAGAAGAGCGCUAUCUGAUAUGAAAAUGUUAUCAAAAUAUCAAAAUGGGAUCACUGCUGGCUUUGCAAAUGGGUCAUAAAGGAAGGCAAUGCAGCAUUGUUAAGGCCUCAAGGAGGGCCCCUUUAAUCUGUGGGG